CUUGGCUGAGAGCUGAGCGAGGUGCCGCGGUGCUGAAUUACCUACUGCUUGUGUGCGAUUAGCUUUUUCACUGGGUUGCGGCCAGACUGCCACCCGUUUUGGCAACGCUAUUUAUUAACUGUCGUGCCGGAUCUUAUGCCCACCCUCUUCUCCACCAGCAGGACACCCAACCUACCUAUCAUCAUCUACUUUACCACCCUUUAAUACCUUGCUCCUACGUUGCCGGCGCCGCUCUACAGAGUGCCAGCUGGACAGACAAGCCUUUACACCACCAACCUCCAACCUCCUCUCAACUCCCGGAUCCCUACAGGUCUUGUCGUAAAAUAGUCAGUCACGCUCUCCUCUUUCCUAUCCAUUCUUGUGCCGGGGCCGCGAGGGCUCUCCCGGUACCAUCAAGAGUCCCCUUUACCCCUCGACCCCUCGCUCCGACCCGACCCCUCAACCCCGCCGUGGAUAAAAUUUCGCCCUUCAUCAGAUCCUUCUCGGGCAUACACACACACACACACACGCACACACACAGGAUACAUGUCACAAGAGCCAUCCAUCUCUAACUAUCUGAAUCAGCUCCAGCUGCCAUAGCCACCCUCGCCCGUAUCACACGUCGCUCCUCUCUGUCUUCCCCCGUGGUUGAUUCAAGGUGAGUUGAACAUUAUCCUGCCGAGUUCGAGGCUCCACCCCUCACUCCGCAGCCAAACUCAGAAAGUCACUGGACUCUCCGUUGACGCGCAAAUAAUAAGGUUCCCGAAAACCUCACCCCUGCCAACGGCCUUCCUCGUACGCCGCUGCCAGACGUGUUUUUGUGCAUACUAGGGCAGCCUGGUGGUGCAGCCGCCCUUGUUUGGAACCUCUGGAACCAGUCGCCGUCUUUCUGCUAUUAGAGACAUCCUGUAAGCCCAUCCCCCCGCCUCACCUCUCACACGCAUACACCCAAGACCCAAGAACCCCGUCCCCAAUCUCAUCCUCAUCCUCGCGCUCCACCACUGGCUGCUUCCUCCGCUUCCUUUUGUCUCCUGCAAGGGUGCGCUCCCGGUACUUAAGAGGAGCCGGGCCCUGCCAGCGCGGCUACAGCCGUGUGUCCUUGGCCUCCCAUGUUUCCCCUUUCAGUCUUUUUAUCCCUUUGCUCCUUAUCAGCAUACCUCCAUCCCGUUCCACAGUAACAAGCAUAUCCGCUCCGGAGCACAGCUUGACUGCCCCUUGCCACCAUGCUCAAGUCAGACGAAGAUUCGGACGACGAAGUAUACUUCGCAAACAUGCCAGACUUCGGUGACCACGUCGACAAUGCGAUCUUCUCCCAGAUCCUGGAAAUGGACGAGAGCGACCAUGAGAGGGACUUCAGUGAGCCACUGGUCAUCAACUUCUUUGAGCAGGCACAGGACACCUUCGAGAAGAUGGAUCAAGCUCUAGCUUCCAGAGAUCUUAACGAACUCUCUACUCUGGGGCACUUCCUGAAGGGAUCCUCGGCCACCCUUGGUUUUAACAAGAUCCGGGACAGCUGUCAAGUUGUGCAGCAAUAUGGACACAAGCUCACGGUCGACGGAGUGUCUGAGCCGGACGAGAACGUAUGCUUAAAAAAGAUCGCCGAGGCACUCCAGGCCGCCAAAGUCGACACAGCCGAGCUCGAGAAACAGAUGAAGAAAUUCUUUGGAGCCGAAUAA